AUGCCUAAAUUAAGCAAAAGAGAAGAAAAGAAAAUGAAAAAUCAAAACUUAUUAAGAAAAAUAUUAGAAUUAAAGAAUGAACAUUUUGGUCAGUUUUCUACUACUAUUACCAAAGAGUCACGGAUAACAGCAUGGAUAAAUGUAAGAGAUUAUGCUGUUUCAAUAGGUUUAAUAGGAAGGGACAAAGAGUUUUGUUAUGUACGCGACGCAACUUGGCCCAACCUAAGGUCCAGAACAAUGACAAAAAUUGACAAAUCAAAUAAAACUGGCGCUCAAGGAGGUCCCGAAUCAAAAUUAGAUGACACUGAUAAACAAGUGAUAGAAAUAAUUGGAAAGAAAUCUCCUGUUGUUCAAGGAAUUGGCGUACCCGAUUUAAUGGAAACUGUUUCCGAAGUUAUAGACAUUACCGAGGACUUUAGUUAUUCUAUGUCCAAUGAAAACGAUGAUAAGGGCACAACAAAAAGCAAGUGCUCGUUUCAACAAAGUUCAUGUAGAGGCAACUAA